AUGUUUCUCAGCUACUUCCUCACAACUGCCGCUCUGUCAAUUGGCGCUCUCGGUGCCCAAGUCACCCACGACUGGACAAUCUCUGAGAUCCCGGUCAAUCUCGAUGGCAAGCACCCACGCACAGCUAUUGGAGUAAAUGGCCAGAUGACAGUGCCGGUUGUGCGUGCUCAGCUGGGAGACACGCUCGUGCUGCGUGUGCACAACAAGCUGGAUGAACCAACUGGGCUACACUCGCAUGGCAUAUUCAACAACGGCACCAACUACUAUGAUGGAGCCGGUGGCAUUACCGAGUGUGGAGUCGCACCCAAGUCCACUUUUGACUACCGUAUUCCGCUGGUGCAGACUGGCACAUACUGGCUACAUGGACAUCACGGCAGCCAGUACAUGAAUGGAUUGCGUGGGCCGCUGAUUAUCACAGAUCCCAACGGCGAGCCGUACGACUACGACGAGGACAUUGUGGUUGCCAUGGAGGACUUUUUCCCGCAAACAUCGCACAUGACCAUGGCUGGCGAGCCUGACAUGCACAAAAUGAACUCGACCGGCAUGGGGAUGGGGAUGGCGGACCGCCAAACCAACCAGCUCCCGCUGCGCGACAAGAUAAAGCACCAGAAUCUGCGCUUCACGCCCGGCCGCACGUACCGCAUCCGUCUGCUCAAUAUUGGAUCCACCAUGAUGUUCCGCUUCGGCAUCGAGGGGCACGACCUGCAUAUAAUCGAGGUAGAUGGCCUGGCAACCAAGCCGCGCACUGUCAGUAGCGUCGAGGUCGCUGUUGCGCAGCGUGUCUCGGUGCUAGUUACCGCCAAACCGCAGGCUAGCCACAACUACCGGUACCACAUUGAGCAGUUCUCGGACAUUUUCCCCGAGGUUAGCGGAUUCAACCCGAACCACCAGGAGGGCCUAGUUUUGUAUAGCAGAAAUGCACCCACCAGGCGCUGCCGUGACAUCACCUGGGAGCAUUUUGAAGACAUGAAGCUUACCCCACUGGAUAUGCUGCCACUGAUGACACCAGACGUACGCCACGAUAUCACGCUGACUGCCAACCGCGUCGAUAACGAAAUCACCGGCAUGUUCAUCAACAAUAUUUCGUUUGCGCUGCCUGCUGUGCCAAGCAUGUUCACAGCACUUGCUGCGCGCGGCCAGAUGACCACAAAGACAUUCCCGCGCAACUCAAACGUGCACGUUCUCGGGCAUUUGCAUGUGCUUGAGCUGCGCAUAUUUAACCACGAUAUCGUGCGUCACCCAAUGCACAUGCACGGCCAUUUCUUCCAGAUCGUCGAACAAGGCGUUAUUGGCAAGCCAGAGACUGCAGUGCGCUCUGGCCGCUACCCAAUGCGCCGCGAUACAGCAGUGGUCCCGCCUGGCCACUACAUGACGAUGAGGUUCCGCGCCGACAACCCGGGCGUGUGGAUGUUCCAUUGCCAUAUCGACAAGCACGCAGCCAGCGGGCUGACUAUGCUGUUUGCGUGCGCACCCGAGGUCAUGAACGAGCGUAUCAAGGUCCCAAACUCUGUUGUUGAUCACUGCCACAUGAUGGGCAUUGAUGUUUGA